GGGUGGGCGGACGGCGUUUGUGUAUUGCUCAGGCUAAAGCGACGUCGCCUAGGGCUAGCUGCGGCCUAACAGCGAGACGUGGGGUCAAUUGUAGCUACAGUUGCAACAGCAGAUUUGUUGUUAUAGAGUAGAUCAUGCUUACAUUUCUGAUAACGUUUCAUUACGAAUUACGUAAUUGAACCCACGCCUGGCUAACAUUGAGCAGAGGCCGGUAUUCUCGCGACGUAGGCCUACAUUUACCGUCGAAAUCAUUUCCGAAUAUGGUCUUCGCACCACUGUACACCCGUCGGGGACAAUGUGAAGAUGCUUCUGGACAGACCCGAUGGGUCGUACUGCUUUCGCUUGCAGAGGGAGCGCGUGUACUACAUGAGCGACAAGCUGCUGCGGAUGGCGACGAGCGUGGCUCGCGAGCACCUUGUGUGCGUAGGAACGUGCAUGGGGAAGUUCUCCAAGACGCGCAAGUUCCGCCUGCACGUGACGGCGCUCGACUUCCUCGCGCCGUAUGCCAAGUACAAAGUGUGGGUGAAGCCCAGCUCGGAGCAGUCGUUCCUCUACGGAAACCACGUUCUCAAGGCGGGGCUCGGCCGCAUCACGGAGAACACGCCGCAGUACCAGGGCGUCGUCGUCUACUCCAUGGCCGACGUGCCCCUGGGUUUUGGCGUCGCCGCCAAGUCGACGCAGGAGUGCCGCCGCUGCGACCCAAUGUCGGUGACGGUGUUCCAGCAGGCCGACAUUGGGGAGUACAUCCGCUGUGAGGAUACGCUCACGUGAGCGUGCCAACCCAGAAUAACUCGAAUGUGGAGGAGAUUCCUACAACUCAGUGGAAUGCAACUGUUUUACAAACCCACGCAUACUAUAUAUAUAAAAAACGUUGGCGAUUUAAGUUAAAAAAAUCCAGAUUGCUGACGAAUCUGCACCGCCAUCAUACAUACUGGGGGCUUAAAAGAUUCACUCCCGAGGGAGCAAGAGCAUUCCUCAAGCGUUAAGGGAAGGUCACAAUCUGCAAUAGGCAAAUGCGUAUAUUUUUUGCCAAUUUCCGUUUUCAACUGUUUCUGCUAUACUUACAUUUGUGUAUAUUACAUUUCAUUAAAUGCAACACUUCUACAAAUGCCUCCGAUCACGAAUACAGUGCCAAGUCCCAAUGAGGAUUGCUGACUGGUGCACAUUUUUAUCUACUGGACAUCUGUGAAAGAGCUUUAUAGCUCAUCGGAUUCCUCUAGUAUACAUUCUUUGGAUUCGGAAAUGCCCACUGUGGGGAGAACACAGCUGUUAUAUUUACAUUUCCAUAGGGUUGCUAAAUUGAAGCAACUCGACUGCACUGAUCUACGGCAUGUUACCUUAAUUCACCAGAGCAAAACUUCAUUUUCUGUUAAAUCGAUCUCUCCCACUGUACAGUGUUUAAUAAACUCGAGGCCCUGGACACGUGAA